UCAGGCUGGACAAAUACCUCUACAACUACUUGGUUAAAAAGGGGUUGCAUCUGACUGCUGAGUUAUUCGCCAUCGAAGCUAAUGUUGUGAAUCCCGAUACUGUUGCUAUUGAAUCCCCGGAGGGAUUGCUAAUGGAAUGGUGGGAUGUGUUCUAUGAAAAGUUCAGCUCUAAUCAGGCCAAGCGUGCCCAAGAGCCAUAUUCUGAGGCUGCACAGACUAUUGACAACGUGGAGUAUCAUAUCCCAUUUGCUGCGCCAACAUCUUGUCCUCAUUCUGCUAGACCAGCGCAUAAUAUAUCUCCUCUGGUGCCGGCCUUCCACCUGAGGACACCUGAGGAUGAAGCACUACUUGAUUUAAGGUUUCCUGAGAUGGAUUGUCCGAGUCCGAGUCAAAGUCAGAGGGUGCCAAUUGUAACUGAUUCUAGCCACCUGAUGGAGCAGAUUCCAAAUAAUGCCUCAACAGUGAGAGGCCAAAGAUGAGGGAGAGGGGAAGUAAAAGAGGAAGAGGAUCACUAAGUUGAUAAAGGGGGAAACAAAUGUUAAAUGUUAGUUCAAUUACUUUUGAAUUCCUUAAGAUUUGUGUUGUUAAGUAUUGGAAAUUGACCUCAUCACCUUUCCUCAUUGGAGAAAACCAAAAAUUCUUUCUCGCAAAGAGAAAAUGAUGAACUCCACUUAAAGAGGAGAACUUUGGUAGUUUUCUAGCUCCAUGCGCUUUGAGCACGAAGCCUUCCAUAUGAAAACACA